AGGAAGAGAAAACAGCGAGCGCACGAAAGUGAGUUUUACAUGCUGAGUUAAAUGGUUAAAUGCGUGCGUAAAGGUUGGAGUGAAGACAACUAAGAGUCCUAGUCCCGCCGCAAAAACUGGGUCAAAAUUAAAACCACUCGAUUGGGGCAAACAAAGUUCGGAAAGUUCCGAAAAGUGCAGCAAAAUCACACACGGCUAAGAAAAAAGUGCACGAGGGCGGAAGCAAAAGUAAAAAAAAUGGCCCAAAUAAUGGCCUGAAAAAUGAAAACGAUUUGAAAACCCUUCAACGAUUAGCGAUUUCCAGACUCUCUUAGCUUUUUUACAUCGACCAAACAACCACAUGAUAAAGGAACAAGGACGGACUAGCAAACCAAAUUAAAGCAAAGUGACGAUUAUGGAUUACCCUACGACGGUGUAGAGUGAAUAAUUUUAUCAACGGAAUAGCGCCACUCCAUCGACUGCCGCCUUGUGCUAUAGAAACGUGAUCUCACCACUCUCAUGAUGGAACUCUUGUCAAACAAAUCGGUUCCGCAACAAAUGGCCAGCAGCAAUGCGUCGAGCGCCAACGGCGUGGCCAACUCCUCGACGGCCAACGGAAGUGGAGGCGGUAGUGUGAGCAGCAAUGCCAGCAACUCCUCCGAGCGGCUGCUGGCUGGCAUCCUCGACAGCUUUCCCGCCUGGGAUCUCAACGUGGGACUGCUUCCCAAUGUGGGACAGAGCUCACCACCACGCACCGACUUCUUCAUAAAUAACUUCUUGGGCGGCCUGGACACGCAUGGCGACUUCAGCAUCGGACCCAUUGGCAGCGGAGCACGCAGCAAUCCAAAGAUGUCCCCGGAGUCCUCCAACAACUCAAGCAUCAGUUGCGGCUGGUGCGAGGUGAGCGCUUCGAUACGUUGCCUCGAAUGCAACGAGUUCAUGUGCAACGACUGCCUGAGGGAGCACCGCAAUAGUCCGCUGUCCUCCAACCACUCCAUUGUGUCCCUGCCCACGCCCAUCGGAGCAUCGCCCACGGGAGGCAGCUCGGUGAACGCACAGACUCCGCCCAGCGGCAACUUCAUUUGCGACAUACACAACGAGAUGCUGCGCUACGUGUGCGAUUACUGCCGUAAACUGGUGUGCCAGUGCUGCACACUGCACGAGCAUAAAGAACACAGCUAUGCCUCGAUUCAGAGCUUUAUGGUGGGCUCCAAGGAAAAGCUGGAGGGAGCCAUCGAGAGCAGCCAGGUGGGCACGCGCUGCAUUAAGAGCAGCAUUGACAAGGCGCUGGCCUUCAUUCGGCUGAUCGAGCGCAACUGCAGUGAGCUAAGUGACAACAUACGCAAGGCCUUCCGCCAGUUUAUCAUUGCAAUUGAGGACCGCGAGCGCUUUCUCCUGGACUUUGUGGAAAAGCUCCGUCAACGUCGCCUGGCCAUCCUUCAUGAUCAGAUGGCAGGCUUGAAGUCGGCUCUCGCAGGGCUGUCGGAGACCUCGGAUAUGCUAAGCAAGGUGGCGGAUAAUGCCUGCAAUAUGGACCAGAUCGAGAUUGCAAUGAAGUUGACCAAUGGCCAGCGGCAGAUGGAACAGUUUGCGGGCAUCUAUAAGGACCUGCAGCCCAAGCAGGAGGUCUUUGCGUUCGCACCACCGGACUACAGCCUUUUGCAGGAUAUCCGCAACCAGGGUGGUGUAAUCCUGGUGGACGACAAGAACAUGCCCAUAGUGUCCAGCAGCAACGGCAUUGUGCCGAGUGUCUCCAGUGUGAGUGCUGUGGCUGCCGCCUCCGUGGGCGUUGGUGUCGGAGGCGUUGGCGGUGGAGUCGGAGGCGUUGGAGUUGGCGUUUCCAACGGCAUGGACAUAGCUUUUGGCAUGAACAUGGCUAGCAAUCCUCUAACCGUGGCCUCCUCGAGUGUUCGACGCCCUUUGCUGCGGGACAACAGCUUCCGGAUUCCAUCACCUAUUAUGCAACCACGCGGAGGAAGUGCCUGUGGAAUGUCUAGUGGCAUGUCCAGUGCUGCUUUGGAUUGGGAGCUCAACGGACUGCGCAGCUCACCCGGACUUCACUUCAGUGCGCCAAGAACCACUCAGGCGAUCCCGGGGUGCAUGGAUCUGGUAAAGGUGCGGAACUCGAGUGCUCUUUCGCUGUCCUUCGCCACCGAGGGUCAUGAGGACGGACAGGUGAGCCGACCGUGGGGACUGUGUGUUGACAAAAUGGGCCACGUGCUCGUAUCGGAUCGCCGAAACAAUCGCGUCCAGGUCUUUAAUCCGGACGGCUCUCUAAAGUUCAAGUUCGGACGCAAGGGCGUUGGCAACGGAGAGUUCGACCUGCCCGCCGGAAUUUGCGUGGACGUGGACAAUCGCAUCAUUGUGGUGGACAAGGACAACCACCGCGUGCAGAUCUUCACCGCCAGCGGCGUCUUCCUGCUUAAGUUUGGCAGCUAUGGCAAAGAGUACGGACAGUUCCAGUAUCCGUGGGACGUGGCCGUGAAUUCGCGCCGUCAAAUCGUGGUCACUGAUUCACGCAAUCAUCGCAUUCAGCAAUUUGACUCAGAGGGCCGCUUCAUUCGCCAGAUAGUGUUCGACAACCAUGGUCAAACCAAAGGAAUCGCCUCGCCACGAGGCGUUUGCUACACGCCUACGGGCAACAUUAUAGUGUCUGACUUCGACAACCACUGCCUCUACCUGAUUGAUCCGGACAUCAACGAUAUUCUCUCUGUUAAAGGACACGAGGGCUCAGGCUUCCAUGAGUUUAAUCGGCCCUCGGGCCUGUGCUGUGACGACGAGGGUCGCAUUAUAGUGGCCGAUUCCAAGAAUCAACGCAUCCUGGUCUUCAAUCAAAACCUGGACUUUAUGUGGGAUAUUGAGGUGCGACCCUCCAUCAAUCCUCUAAUGCCGCCAACGCUGGACGAGAAGGAUCGCACCUGCGAUGUGGCCAUAAUGCCAGACGGUCGCAUCGUUUUUCUCAUUGAACUGUCGCCAGACUCCAAGGAAGGGUCAAACCCUUACAAGCGGUUUGUGCACGUAUUCUAAAUUAGGCUACGAGCGCCGAUCUUUUUUAGACCAUUUACAAGAGCUAAACGUUAGCGUAGAGACCCACUUAACAGGACGAUAGAGAGCAGGUGCCGAAACUGAAAUAAUAAGGGAAAGGGAAAAGUCAGAAUCAGAAGUGCAUGGAAAUUAGCGAAAAUUUUUAGCUUAAGUGCUACAACGAUUACCUCGAUAUUGCUUAAGAGUUAUGGUUACGAUUUGGUAAUUUACAAUACAAUACGAAUAACACAUAUGUAUCUAUGGAUAUCUAUAUCUAUACGCAUAUGCAUAUAUCUAGCGAAUAUACAAGCCCAACCAACCAACCAAUUAAAACUAAAACGAAAAUGAAAACUAAUGCGAAAGGCAGUUGAAAAUGAUAUAGGAGAUAUAUAGUCGUAGGAUCCGAAAGCAUUCAGUAGAGUUACCAAACCUAGAAAAGAUAAAGCAAAGAGGGAAACUCAACCAUUUACUAGAUGAAAAUAUUAUUACCUGUUAGUUAGACUGAAAGGCAGUUUGCUAGCUGAUAGAACGAGGAGGAGUAGAGAAGGAGGGGUGCGUUUUUAUGGGGUUGCUUAGCGGAAAGAGGAAACUACUUUUGACAAGAGUUACUAAACAUGAUUUGCAGAGACACUGUGGAAUGGUAUUAAUGUUUGUAUUAUAAUCUUAAUUCGUUUGUUUAGUUCAGUUUUACGUUUAUUUUACAACUAUUUUUUUGGUAAAUAUUUUUAAUUAUUUUUCUUAUAAUUGAGACUGAGCAAGUGAGUACACGAACUUUGUAAAACGAAGCAAAGCAAAACAAAGAAACAAACAAAACCGAAAAUAUUGAUGAAACCCGCUGACUUUUGGUUGAACUUUUAACGAAGACUGAUUAACUAAAUCGCAAUUUCGGAGCCAACUAAAGAACCAUAUAUGGUGAGGCCAAAAAGUGAAAAACAAACGCACUCAAAUUGCAAUGACAUUGAUAACGUAAAGUAACUUAACAUAGCUUAACAUACAUACUUUCAUACAUAUAGCGAUACAGAUAUCUUAUAGAUCCGAUCAUCCAGUCACGAAUCAUCAAGGGCAUAGCUGAAACCGAGUUUAACUGACACUCAUCGACAUUCACCCACUCAUUCAUAGCCAUUAUGCAUCACAGGGCUUUAGUUUGUGUUGUUAAUUUGUAAUUAAUGUGAAAGGAUUUGCCCGCAGGAUACACGUCAGGUUGAAGGGAGGGGUUAGCUGAAAAUUAGGAGGAGAGUUGGGGGGUGUUUAACAAACAAAACUUAAAACUAAAAACAAAAUAACGAAAAAAUUAUCAUAAUUUUUGACUCAAUGUGUUCAUUAGCAUUUAGUAGACUUAGCGGGCGUGGCAUAGUGAAAAAAUAUGGAAAACCAGAGCAAUAUAUGGGCGUAUUGAAUACACAUUUAGGUGACAUGUUCCUCGCAAAAGAAACAAAUAAAACAAAACGAUGAAACUUAAUGAAAUCACGAAUUAGCUGAAUUAUCUGUCUAGAGGUGGAACGAUUUUUAAUAGCAAAUCUAUACACACACAUAAAUAGAGACGACUAGGACCGAUUCUGGGCUAAGGCCAAGCGUUCAAAAAUUUAAAAAUGUAUUAGCAAACUUAGUUACUUAGUUUACGUUAUGUUCUUACUGUUUUGAGACGUUCUAUUCUUUGUACUUGUGUUCAAACCCGACUUCAACGGAUCGACAGAGAGAUGAUACAUAGCUAACACUCCUUCCACGAAUAAAGCAACAUUGCAUAAAAUGCGCAAAACAAACAAAAACAAAAACAAAAACCCUAACACUAAAACUAACCUUUAAAAAAAGAUGCAAAAAAGCCAAAGGCUCUACGAGAGCUGUGGCAACAAAAAACAUAUACAAUAUUUAUAUACACUUAAUAUACACCAGAAGGCAGAAGGGAGAAGGCAGAGGGCAACCCCCACAUAGAGCUAUAUAGAGUAGAUAUCGUAAUUAUUUUACACCUUAGUUUAGCCAACCCCCGAAAUUACGAAAGUACGGGGACCCACACGAUCGCCAUAACAUACUCGUAACCUCAUUUUAUCCAAUCGUAACACCUUAAAGCGCCGUUCAUUUCUUGUGAUCCAGAUCGAAUCAUUCAAAAACAUACUCGCACACAAAGCGCACGCAGAGCAUCCCCCACAAAUAUCGUAUGUAUAUAUCAUAUAUAUCGCAUCGUAUCGGGCCUAGCGACAUCUGAGAGAAUGCCAUAUUUUAUAUUUGUGUGAGAUUUACUAAACCAAUACUAAAGAACUAAUACUUAUAUCAUUACAAAUGAACGCCGUUUUCUAAAAGCCACAGUUUAGAAAUUGUGUAAAAAAUGUAAACAAAAACUAAAAAAAAAUUAACUUCAAGCAAAACAGAUAGGAAGGACAAUUAUUGAGAUUUAAGCGAAUACCGAAUGCCAUAAUUCAAAAUAAAAAGCAUUUAAACAUAUAUAUCUAUAGAAUACUAAAGUAUGUUAAACACAACAAAUUACUACAAGUCAUGAGGAUACUGAACAAUUUGCCAAAGGCUUAAGAAUCAAAAUGAAAAGCAAAACCAAUAACUUUAAAUAACUCCACACUACACUCAAACACACACACACAUUCAAACCAAUAGUUAAUUAAACUUUUUACAAAAUACAUACCAAAAAUACUUAAUUAACUGCAAGCAGGUAUUUUUUCAAAUAAACCGAAUAUUCCAAAAACACGUUGCCCAAAAUACACCUACGAUUAAUUCUAAAGCAAAAAAAUGCUCAUAUACAAGUAGCUACUAAAAUAAAAAACACUAAACGAAUCCAAAACUUAAAUCAGGUAUUCAAAUUUUUUUCGUAUUACGUACUUAGCAUUUAAGGAGAAAAGCGUAAUGGCAAACUUAAUGACUAAAAAUCAUGCUGAAAAUGAUUUUCAAAGGUAAAAUAAAAAAAAUGAACUUCGCAAAACCACAUACAUAUUUACUAAGCAACUUUUUUAUAACAAAUCGAUUGACGAUGCUAAAACAAAACGGAAUGAACUCUUAUAUCAAAAUAAAAUUUUGAGUAAAACUUUUAAUGACAAAUGCAAACGCAAUUCUCGACAAGCUCGGAGAAAUGAUUUCAUUACCUAUAAAGAUCUUUGAAAUGAUUCAUUACGCAUACAUACAUAUUUUGUCGCUAUCAUUUAGCCAUUAGUUUGUAACAAACCCCCCAGAUUGUAACUAAAUUUGAAAAUAUUUCUUAUUUGGAAAUUAUAUACAUAAACAUACGCAUACAUACAUACACGUACUAACAUAUGUAAUAAUUAUGGAGCAAUUGAGUACAAAACGAGUACAAAUUUAAAAUAUAAGCCAGAUCAGACGACACAGACACACACACAGCUUAAGUUAAAACAUACAUACAUAGAUCGAUCGGACGAGCGCAGCAUAAGAAAUAAUGAUAGGCCAGCUACUGGUUUCGCAUAGCAUACUGCAUACUGCAUAUAUUCGUAGAGGAUCGGGAUGAGGGUCAGGAUCGAAUGGAGAAUUCAUCGAAAUAGCCAGCAUACUAACCACACUUAUAAGCAUAGUCGCAUACAUACAUAGUUACUUAAACAUAGACUAACCCCCAUAUACUAUAUAUCUAGGACAAGCGAUUACCAAAAUUUCCGAAAAUCCCUCCUACUCCUCUUAAUCUUCAAAUAUGAUUUGCUUGCGAUAAGUAAGGGGAGAUCACGUUUGGCAUAUGCAAAAUUUUCUCAUACAUUCUCACCCACUCAGCAGCGUACAGCGUACAUACAUACAUAUGUAGAGGCGUGCGGGUACUAGGUACACCCACCAUUAAGCAGCUAUUAAGUCAUAUGGCGAUAAAUCUAAAGAAAAUCUACCAAAAUCAAGCGACAAAUUCAAUAACGAGUUGCAGUUAAAAAUUGUAAUUGUCUAAUAGUGAAAAGCGAGAAAAUCUGAAACAAACGCAUGCCACGGUUACUACGAUACGUGGUUUGUCAUUUUUCUAUAUACAUGCGUACACAUACAUAUUUAUAUACCCAAAUAUAUAUAUACAUACAUAGAUGUGGACUUGACGAGACAAGAAUAAGAGUAUAUUUUAUACGAUAAACAAAUUUUAUAACAUAUUUAAUAAUAAAUUAUACACUAAUAAUUGUGGA